AUGCUCUAUUAUAUGUCUCAUCACGUCUAUAUCAUAUACAGAAGUGAUUCACACGUUCUCUUUAACUCUAUGGAAAGAUCUACGAGAGGCAUGGAACUGGCUCUGCCAACCAAGACCCGCGAGAAGCAUCGCAACCAGAAGCCAACUUCUUUUGAUGAAGAGAUACCUGCUUUUGAAGCGAACUUCCUUGAUGAUGAGCUGGCUCUAGCUGAAGCAACUCUCAUUAGUAAUCGGAUCUCUCGUCUCAACAUGGCUUCUCUUGCAUCACUUUCCAGCGAGGCCUUCCAUGCCGAUGUAUCUCCUCCCUUGGAUCCCGCUUUUUUUGCCGACGAGAAGUUUCUUUCCGAAGACUUGAAUGACUCCGACACUUCCAUCGUUGAGAUCUCUUCAGACUCGGAUUCUGAUGCAUCGUCAACCGAAGACUCUGACGAUGAGGACUCUUCUGCCGAGCUUCCUGACAAGCUCGAGGCUCUUCUUUCAUAUUACCCGUGCGUCAAAGUGACGACGGAGAAGGAUGUCUAG